AUGGCACAUUUGGCUAGAUCUCCUCUCAAAGUAAUAUUGUUUGGUGAGCAUGCCGUAUUAUCAGGAGAAAGAUGCCUUGCUGUUGCAGUAGAUGUAUAUGGAUAUCUAACAAUUGAGUCUUCUAAGAGCACUGAGGCUGUUGCUGUUGAUGCAGAAGGUAAUUAUAUGGACCUAUUUGAGAAAUGGAGAUACGCCAUUCCUGGCUUUCGUUUGACUCUGUCUUUGGAUGCCGCAUUGGGGUGUGGUCUGGGCACAAGUGCAGCCAUAUCGCUUCUGUUAUCAUAUGCCAAGGCCCGCAGUCCAGAUAUAUUAGAGGAAGCUCUUGAAAUGGAGAAUGCAUUCCAUGGAAAAGCGUCUGGCGUUGACGUGAUGGCCUGCUAUACCGGCGGGUUGAUCUCCUUUAGAAAAGGCGUUGUUGAAAGGCUUUCUAUUCACCACCUUUCUCAAUUCAAAAUACUCAUCUUCAACACUAGGAUACCCAAGAACACAGAGUCUGCCAUCAGGCUAGGGAGGCGCAAGAAAGAGUUGUACGGCGAAAUAGGAAAAGUUUCAGAAGAGGCAUACAAACUUUUACAAAGAGAGUUUACCUUGGAGGAACUGUACAGACUCAUUAGGAAGAACCAAGACCUGUUAGAUGAACUGGGGGUUUGCCCUAGAGAGAUAAAGGACAUAAUAGAUAAAAUGAGAGAGAUUGGUAUUGAGGCAAAGAUAACGGGUGCCGGCUGCGGAGGACAUCUUUUAACAGUAGUAAAAAAAGAACAGGAGAUCCCCGGAUGGACAUCUGUAUCGAUUGAUCUGAAUGGGUUCCAUGCUUUCGAUGUCUGGAAAUAA